AGCGCUGGAUGCUGGGCUCAUCCCCGCCACCGCCACCGCCACCGCUGCUGCCGCUGCUGCCGAGUCUCAGGGGCUGCCAGAGCAUGGACUGUUAAAAACUUGCAUUUCUACAGCGUGAGGUAAUAUUGUAACUCCAAUAUGGGAAAGCAAAACAGCAAACUACGCCCUGAAGUCAUGCAAGAUUUGCUAGAAAGUACAGACUUUACAGAACAUGAGAUUCAGGAGUGGUACAAAGGCUUCUUGAGAGACUGUCCAAGUGGACAUUUAUCUAUGGAGGAGUUUAAAAAAAUAUAUGGAAACUUUUUCCCUUACGGGGACGCUUCUAAGUUUGCAGAACAUGUAUUCCGCACUUUCGACGCCAAUGGAGAYGGAACAAUAGAUUUCAGAGAAUUCAUCAUAGCCUUGAGUGUAACGUCGAGAGGAAAACUGGAGCAAAAGCUGAAGUGGGCAUUCAGUAUGUACGACCUCGAYGGGAACGGCUACAUCAGUAAGUCAGAGAUGCUGGAAAUCGUGCAGGCAAUCUAUAAGAUGGUUUCUUCUGUAAUGAAGAUGCCAGAAGAUGAGUCAACACCAGAGAAGAGAACUGAGAAGAUCUUCCGGCAGAUGGACACCAACCGUGAUGGAAAGCUCUCUCUGGAAGAGUUCAUCCGAGGCGCCAAGAGUGAUCCCUCCAUAGUCCGUCUCCUGCAGUGUGAUCCCAGCAGUGCCGGGCAGUUCUGAACCUGUCCUUCGGAUGAAUUAUGUAUCUGCUUUUUUUUUUUUUUUUCUUGCCAAACAACAUUCAUGGUAGUGUUGCCUCUGUAUGGCCAAUUAUGCCUUCAUUUGUGGCAUCUUAUAGCUUCUUUUGUUGUGGAUUAAUUAUAAGAAUGCUGAAUUGUUUUAACAAUUUGUCCAGAGCACGGGCAGUACUGUUUUAAACAGAUAUUGUGGUGUUAUCAUUGUUUUUAAAAUUUCAUUUUGUUUUGUUUGUUUGUUUGUUUGUUUUAAUGUAUUUGUUUCGGAAAGUAUGUGUUGAAGAGGAGUAAACCAACAACAAACCCCUUGGCAGCAAACACACACUGACAGAUUUUAGAUUGCUGCUUUAGUUGUUAUGUGUUCACCUGCAGGACCUGAAAGUGUAGUAAGGCUGAACCAAAGGGGUUGUGAUGAGUGGGGUAGGAUUCACCUGGAACCUCCUCUCCUGUCCAGGRGGCACCAGUUGAGGUCAAAGACAGGACUGGGAAGAAGUGUGAAAGUGCAAAACAUGUGUGGGGUGUGUCAUCCACUCCUUGCCUCAUUGUUUCAAUGCUGUGAACACUUUCCAGGUUGUGAAGGAGAAGGGACAAAAUGAAGGUUAGCAUUUUUUCACUCGGUUUACAGUGGUUGAAGUCACAUGGCUUUAUCUGAAAAUUCAGCAAUUUGCAAUCCUGAUCUCCAAAUCCACAACUGACAAUACCUCUUGCCAUUUGGGAUCAGCAAAGGCAGACACAGAUAUGAAAAGCUGGGUCAUGACAAUGAAUUUAAGGGAGAUACAUGUUGAAUGUGAAAUUUUUCAGGUUAGUAAUAAAGCAGUUGCUACAAAGGAGAGUGGGCAUUCCUCACGGACACCUGCAAGCAGCUCCAGCUGAGGCACAUCUGCUGUUCUGAAUGCUCUUGCAUGGCAGGAAGUUUUGGGGGUGUUUUUGUCUCUCUCUGUGUAGCUAACAGAGUUUCUGGCCUGCUCUUAGGAGAAGGCUGUCGUCAAAACUUGUUUUAAACAUAAAAUUGUAGCAUUUAUAUUUCAUUUAUUUUAGUAAAGUUCAAAAAGUCUGUACUGAAAUGAGGAAAUGGUACGCUUUAUGAUAUAUUUAUAUAUAUAAAAAUUAAAACAAAAAAAGAUCAGCUCUUGAGAGAAAUGUUGAAUGUUUAUCUUUUCGCCUAGAUGCAGGAGUUCUGAAAUUUGCUGCUGCAAAAUUUUAUCCUUUGAUCAAAGUUGCUGUAUGCAAAGCUAGUACACACAUGUGGGAUUUCUUAGGGACUUUACAAGUGCUGUUGCAACAGAAAAGCUGGAAAAGCUUUAGGGACAGGAGGCAUUAUGCUGACUAAAUUGGCAUUAAUGAGUCAUUAGCUGCAGUCUGCUUUGUGAUCCUGUUGGAGAGGAACCCAUGCAAGCAUCGCAUGGUGUUGGGAAUUCAUGAGCUCGUUAGAGUAACCUUUGUCUGACAGGCAAAGUUGGCAUUUUGUCAAGUGACCUUGUAGAUGUUAAUCCCCAGUAGCCUUAAUUUAAAAUAACCCAAGUAAAAUAAGUCUGCUUUGCAGAUGAUGAUUAGCUARGUACUAAUUAGAAGUCAUGAAUAAGUAGUUGAGUAUAAAUAAUUUUCUGUGGAACACUAGCUAGCUUGUACAAUAACUGACAGAAACAAUCCUAUACCUAUUUUUUCAAUACCAUUUGCUUUGCUAGGUGUGGAAUGCAAAGCAUGUUAAGAGAAAAUAAAARUAAAUUGAAAAUACCAUUGUUAAAUCAGUUGUACUAAAAUUAUUAUGAGUGGCUAAUGGCACUCAAUAAAUGUCUUCAAGCACACACAUUUGUCUCAAUCCCAAAAAUCUAAUUGAUUAUAUAUUUCCAUUACAUUCAUCAAAAUACUGAGCCAAGAAAUACUGAGUGUGGGAAAAAAAGAAAGUGAAGGAGUCCCAACCACAGACACAAACAGGUUUCAAUACCCAGCGCUCUCAGGUGUUAUGAGCAGCACUGGCAAGUUUUACACCAAUUCUUUUGGCUGAUGAAAAUGUUCCCUAUCUCCUUCUCCCAAGUCUCCAUUAGACACCAUGUGCACAGAUCCAGUUAUUCAAAGGAGAGUCUAUGCCUACCUUCUUCAAGGUAAUUGUCUGCUUUACCUGGAGAGGUUCUGGCCCUCUCCCUCUCAUCCCCUCAUGGAUUUUGAAAGUCAUGYUCUGUCUUGAGUGCUUUAGGGUUGCUUUUCAUCAGGAGAAGCCUGGCCAGACCACUGGGGAUUGCUGCAGGAAGGUCAGUGGGCAUCACCCCCCAUCACUGACCAACACCCCCUCUGCCAGAUGGGAGUGACCCGUGUCACCACCCAGCUGUUCCAGGGGUGCUCCAUCACCACCCCUGUGYAGGCAGGACGAGGUGACACCAGAGGAUCCCUGCUGAACUUCCAAACUCCCGGCUCAGGGCAGGCACCCGUGUCCAAAGCACCCAGACCUGUGGCAUUGACUGAAGGUGAACUCAGACACCUUCAACAGUUCCRUCUUCUUAAUGCUGUGAAAGCAGUUGCAUGUGACCAAAGCUUUUAAAACAUUGCCUUUUAUUUUCAUAUCACCUCUUUUUCAUUUUACAAGAUACUUCUGGCUCAGAACCUGAUCUCUUUGUUUUUGCUGAGUAGCUCUGGGGCGUUGGGGCCAGGCUUGUCUCCCGUGUUACUCCCACACAACACACAUUUGAAAUCACAGCCUGUGUUUUGACCCCAGGGCAGCAGAGAUGUAAUGCUUCCCACAGUUCACAAAAUUUGGAAUAAUAAGAAUUAGCUUACAGCUGCAGAGGACAUAGCUGCAGAUAAGGGUAUUGUAUAAACAUUUACAGAGUGAACUAAGGUUAUUCUUUUACCUGACUGCCACUGAUGAUUGGUAUUAUUUUAAAUUAUUAACUAUUCCUUUCUUUCUCUGCCUCUGCAUGUACUUAAAGAGUGAUUCAUAGCUGGAGUUGUGACAGGAACAUCUGCAGACCUCCGAGCAGCAGGACAGCAGUGGGGUGCUGUGCCUCAGAUUGAAAUUUUCCGCUUUGCUGUCAUUUGCAUUUGCAAUUGUAGCUGCCUUCACAAAGCUUUUGGAGGCAAAGUGGUGCAUCCUGUAUAAAACAGCACAGCAAGUCAGACGCUUUUGAGUGAUUUGUUAGCAGUAUCUCUGUGCAGGAAGGAUGGUAGAUGG